UUUGAGGUUCUAAUUCUAAAUUCUAACUAACCUCACUUUAUUAAAGUAAGUCAGGAGUCAGGAUAGAAUAAUUGGUGCAUUAGUUCAGUUUUUUACAAUUUAAUAUAUUCUUACUACUGUAUUAAUAGAGAUGUACCUGUGAAUAUAAUAAUAUUGUUCCUAGAUAUAAUAUCAAUUCUCAUGCGUAACAUUAAUAUCAGGAUAAUAGUAAUAUGUUUGAUCCAGAUGACAAUGAUUUCGACUUGGAUGAUGUUUUGAUAAAUGAUUUUUCGGAUUUUGAAAGAAAAUCUGCAUUUGAAAAUAAUAACUGUGAUCUGACUUCAAAGAAAGAUGUGGACCCGAAAUAUUGUUCCAGACUUGGAACAUUAUCAGAUUCAUCUUUUCAGUUACCCAUUCCAAAACACACUGAAAAAAUCGCGGAACCAUCCAUAUCAAAUUCCAGUUGUAUAAGGGCUCGUAGAAGAAAAUUUCCUGGACCAGCAGGAAUACUGCCUGAAAGGAAAAAUAUCUCCUUUGUUGCUGAUAAUGAUGAGUCAAAUGAUGAAUGCGAUCCGUCAAUGUUGGAGGUAUCAUCGCAAGGGGUGGCUUCUCAGAGUGUGUUGAACGACGAGCCGUGGCAGCGGCUGGUGGCUGAUUUGGACUCGCACCCGCCUCAGGUGCAGCAGUUCCUCAGCAGCUGGACUGUGGCCGCCGUCAAACGCAAGGCCAGCGCCAGGAUGCUGCCCGGCCACAAAGUGCCCUACCUCGCCGCCAUUCUGCACAGUGUGCAGUGCUCCUCUCCCGACCCCUUCCUAACGCUCAGGGACUCCACAGGUGAAAUAAGUGGUACACUGCACAGAGACGUGUGGCAGCAGUUUGGAGACGAUAUAAUUGUCGGCUCAGUGCUCGUACUGAUCAAUGUGGGUCUACUCAGUGUUGGCACCGCUCCCCGUCGACAUUACCUCAACAUCACCGAGAAUAAUCUCGCAUCUAUCUACUCUGCUAGACACGGUGAUGUACGCCUGACAACAUUCAAGUGCAUGACGAGUGCUGAUUUCAUAAAGACGAUCGAUGAUUGGCAGAAGAACAAGAUGCAGUCGCCGCAGCCCUCGGCACCAUGCUCCAACAGAUCGCCUCUCUUCACUUUCCCCUCCAACAACAGCAGUCCGGCUCCUCAACCUCCCUCGCUGUUCUCAUCAUCAUGUCGAAACACCUCAACUCCCGUCAGGAGCAAGCCAUCCAACUUCAGGAACCGGGACGCUAUCACUAAUCUGGUGUGUGGUAGAAGUGACUCUGGAGGAACCAGCAUACCGUUCAAUAAACCUGGACAGUCCAAAGAAAAUAAUAGUGGUAAUAAUAGAACAGUUCCUAAAUUUUUGUCGGGAAAGUUGGCUAAUAAGUUUGGUGCUUCUGGUGAAAAAUCUGCUGCAAAUAGCUCUAUACAUAAUAGCAACGAUAAUACUAACCUAUCAAGAUCCUCUCAUCAAAAUUCCGCUGGUUCUAAGCUACAAUUUCUAUUCCAGCCCAAAGGCUUUCAAAGUUCAGCGUCUCCUUCUCCCAUACCCACCACAUCAAGUAGAAAUAACCAUCAUCAAUCAAAUAAUUGUCAAAAUGAUCUCAGAUCUGUGAAUGGUUUUGAACCAAAUAAUAGGACUGUUGUAAGGAAUGGAGAGAAAAGGCUGAUAAUUGAUAGUAACUGUAUGAAGGAUGUUCAAUCUUGUGAUAGAAGUAAGUCGCUAUCAAACACGGGUAUAAAUCUGUCGAGUAGCAGUAGUGUGUAUAGUUUAGAUUUGGACUCAGAAUUUGAGAAAUCGCAAGUUGAAGAUGUGCUUGAUGGUUUGGAUGCAGAAAGCCUGUUUGGUGAUUUUGAUUGAAAGUAUAUUAAUACCGGUUGAUGAAAAAUUCAAGAAAGUUCUAUUGCAUCACUGGAAAGCAUGCAGAAUCGAUGAUUAGCAAUUUUCAACCAAUUUGAUUAUAUAUAUUUUCUUCAAAGCUCUGUGCUUCCAUUCUGUCAUUAACUGAUAAAUUUCUAACCAAACUAAUUGAAUGUUGCAAUAUGACUGUCAGCUAGAGUUUCAGAAAUCGAUGAUACAUAGAGCAACAGACAUUGGUUGAAGAAUCGAUCAUGACUUUUUUAUAGACGUUUUUUUUGAGAUCCAUUAAUAUUAGUUUCUGUGAUUGGAAAAUUUAAAUUUCAUAUAUAAAAAUUAAUAUUGUGAUUCAAUUUUUAUUUCCACGAGAAUGGUGGUUAUUAUUGUUUCAGUUUGUAUUCUCCAAUGAACUGCAUAAUUAUUAAAAUGUAUAGAUGCUGUACAAUAGUUUGCUAUUUUUAUAUUGUUAGAAUGAUUAAAUAUUUUAUGAACUAUCCAAUUUUA